AUGAUUUUUCUUCAAACUCUCUCUCCCUUCCCCAUUCCGCUCAUUCUCACUCGGCAAAACCCUACUCUUCAUUCGAUUUCACUAACCCAAUUCUCCAUUCGUCCAGAAUUCUGCCCAAAUAUCCCUUCAAAUUACGAGAACUUCAGCAGCAGAACAGGAACAGCUCUCGGAAGCAAUCUUAGAGAUAACGACCCAGUUCAAGAAUCAGCGUUCUUCGAUGAAAAUGGUGCCGUGGAGGACAUGGAUGGCUAUCUUAAUUACCUCUCUCUGGAGUAUGACUCGGUUUGGGACACCAAGCCUUCAUGGUGUCAGCCAUGGACGAUUACUCUCACUGGAAUGUUAAUAAUUACCUCUAGCUGGCUUAUUCUGCACUCUGUUUUAGUUACUUCAGUAGUUCUCGCAUUAAUCUGUUCGUGGUGGUAUAUCUUUCUUUACUCUUACCCAAAGGCAUAUACAGAGAUGAUUGCUGAGCGAAGAAAGAAUGUGACAAGUGGCCUCGAAGACACGUAUGGUAUGAGAAAGCAAUAA